GUGAACAGGACUUUUAUUUUGGUGUGUUGACAUGAUGUCAUAAGGCUGCGCCACACUCCUGCAUCUGUGAUUCUGCUGAAGAAAGAGUGUCCAAACACACAGAGAAACUCCUGGAGAAGCGACUGAGAUCCACGUGACACACUAUUAUAAAGAUGGAGUUUAUUAAAGAGGAGAGUGAAGACGUGAAGAUUGAAGAAACAUUCAGAGUCAAACAUGAAGAUACUGAGGAACAAACAGAUCUGAUGACAUUGAAACAGAAGAGUCAAGUAAUUGAAAUGGAAGAGAAAAAUCAGUACUUAGGUAGUUACUCACAGACUCAUAAAACAGAAACUAGAAACCUCCAGAUGAGAGUUCACACUGGAGAGAAGCCUCACACCUGCCAACAGUGUGGAAAGAGAUGUACACAGAAAAGAAACCUUAAAACCCACUUGAGACUUAACACUGGAGACAAGCUUUUCAUCUGCAAACUGUGUGGAAAGAGCUUCUCACUAAAUGGAAGUCUUAAAGUUCACAUGAGAGUUCACACCGGUGAGAGGCCAUUCAUAUGCUCUCAGUGUGGAAAUAGUUUUAAACAGAAAAGAGACCUUAAAGUUCACAUGACAAUUCACACUGGAGAGAAGCCUUACACCUGCAAACAUUGUGGGAAGAGCUUCUCAGUAAAAGAAAACCUUAAAAUCCACAUGAGAGUUCACACUGGAGAAAAGCCCUUCACUUGCAAACUGUGUGGGAAGAGUUUCUCACAAAACGGAUAUCUUAAGAUUCACAUGAGAAUUCACACUGGAGAGAGACCGUUCAUAUGCACUCAGUGUGGAAAGAGUUUUAAACAGAAAAAAAACCUCAAAGUCCACAUGAGAAUUCACACAGGAGAGAAGCAGUUUGUUUGUGAUCAGUGUGGAAAGAGCUUCAGAAAUAAAGCACACCUUAAUUAUCACAUGAGGAUUCACUCGCGAGAGACAAGUUUUAAAUGUCAUCACUGCGAAAUAAGUUUCACAGACAGGAUUCAUUUUAAGGAUCACGUGAAAACUCACAUUGUGGUGAAGCCUUAUGUGUGCCAUCUCUGUGAAAAGAGUUUCACAAAAAGAGUAUACUUUGAGAAUCACAUGAGAAUUCACACUGGAGAGAAGCCUUAUACCUGCCCUCAGUGUGGAAAGAGCUUCACAAAAAGAGUAAACUUUGAGGUUCACAUGAGAGUUCACACUGGAGAGAAGCCUUAUACCUGCCCUCAGUGUGGAAAGAGCUUCACAGUUAAAGGAAACCUUAAGAUUCACAUUAGAGUUCACACUGGAGAGAAGCUUUACAAGUGUCUUCAAUGUGAGAAGAGUUUCACAAGCAGAGCAAACCUUGAGGAACACAUGAGAGUUCACACUGGAGAGAAGCCUUACAAGUGUCCUCAGUGUGGAAAGAGUUUCACGCUUAAAGGAAACCUUAAGAUUCACGUGAGAGUUCACACUGGAGAGAAGCCUUACAAGUGUCUAGAGUGUGAGAAGAGUUUCAAAUAUCACACAGAACUGAAACGGCAUUUGCAAACUCAUUCUGAAAAGAAAAUGCCAUUUUCCUCAGUGUGACAGCGUUCGCUCUGGAGCGUUCGCUCUGGACAAAGCCAGUUUAAUUGUGAUCAGUGUAAUAAAAACACAUUUCAUAUAUAUAUAAAAAAGUCAUGUAAAUGUGAUGUGUUUGUGUUCUUUAUUAAAAAGUUUGGCAAUAAAAAA